CCACACUCUCCUCGUUCUUCUCUCUCUUCUUCCCUUCCGAACCCUUCUCCCCCUCAUCGAGAAUGAGCAAAUCGUCGUCGCCGUCGCGGGCGCCGUCGGUGUCGGGCUCUGAGCAGAGCCUUGGAGCGCGGAGCAAGCUGCAGACGCUCGCCAUCGAGACGCUCCUCUCCACGACGCUCUCGUCUGUCGCCUCGGCCCCUCCCCGCCUGCCCGUCGCAAAGAACAAGGAGCCCCUCUCGUUGCCGACAACGACGCGCAACUUCCGAGGCUUUGUCCAAAAGAGCGGUCCCAUCUUUUACUUUCAGGAUGCCGUCGAGGCCACGCUCAUGUGGGACGAUUGGCCCUGGACGGCGAUGUGGAUGGCCAUCUGGGCCCUCGUUGCGCUCCACCCUUAUCUGCUCCUGUGCGCCCCAAGUGCGAUCUUGUCCAUCAUCCUCAUCAGGACCCAUCAGGCACGCUUUCCCGUCGGGCAGCCAGCUGCGGUGUCGCAGGCCAAUGCAGCUGGGGACGACGAUGUUCCGCUGUCACCCUCUCGUCCUCCCCCAGGCGCAAAGCAGCCGGCCGUCGAAGCGUCGGGGCUCCUGACUCCUUCACCUGCGCAGUCGCUGCGGCACGCCAUGGAGAAGCCGACGAGUACGGGAGAGGGUGCAGUGCGGCCUCCGCUGGUCCCCAAUCCACCGCACGAGGGCACGAUCAAGUACUACGAAAAUCUGAGAGACAUCCAGAACAUGAUGAAGAUGGUCACGGAUGGCUACGAUGCUGCAGCGCCCAUGGUGCCCUACCUCAACUGGUCCUCGUACCGCCGCACGCUCCUUCUCCUCCAAGCCUCGCUCGUGGCUACUGCGCUCCUCUUCUUCCUCGGCCCUUACCUUCCCAUUCGACCCGUCCUGCUCCUCGCCGGCGAAGGAGCUUUUAUUGCGAACCAUCCCUGGCUGCAGCCUGCCGUCUCGGGUAUCACGAAGCGCCUCUCUGACGAGAAGACUGCCGGUCGGACUCCGCUGGGCAGGGAGCUUCGGCGCAUGGAGGCAAGGAGCAGGGCGCUCAGAGCCAAGCUUCGAAUCUGGAUCGAAGAGGAUGGGCUCGACGACGUUGUUUGGCAAAAGGGAUGGAAGGAUGUCGAGAUGUUUGAAAACGAGCGCUACGUCUCGCCAGACUCUCCCGGUGCCGCGGCAGGGACAGCCGGCUGGAGCGCUCACAACCUGACAUUUGGCGAACGCAAGCCAUUUACAAAGGGCGCAGACGGGUGGUCGGCCGAAGAGCUCGAAGUAGCCGGCUUCUCGCUCGACAUCAGCAGACAGGUGGCCAUGGCCCUCGAACCGGGCUGGGCGUGGGUGGAGGGCGACGACUGGCGCAUCGACUGGGUGGGCGUCUGGUCCGGCGUCGGCGUCGACGAGGACGGCUAUGUCUACACCGACGCUGACUGGCAGAGCCCCGCGGGGUAUCCGUACGGCCACAAGGACCAUCCGGCCUACCCUCCCGUCCUGCCAUCAGCGCCUGGCAGCGAGUCGGCGAUAGCUAGCGAUGACGAGGAAGACGGCGAUGGCGAGGUUGGACUGACGGGAGCAGAGGUCAGACGGGCAAAGGCAGAGACACGGCGACGGAGGUGGCUCCGCCGAGCCAUCUGGGUCGGACAACAGCAAUGAAUGAGACACAAUUUCGAUAGUUUCAACUCAUGCUGCUCUGGCUUUAGAUUGGUGCUGCAACAUUAAUUCCCAACUGUCCAUUGACCUUUACAAGACACC